ACAAAGGACAUUGGUAGAGGAGGAAGUGAUUACUGUUGCAUUCUACUUAAGAGGGUUCAGCAGCUCGCUGGCUAAAUGGAUUGGUAGCUUCAAAGGGGUUCGGCAGGAACAUGGGUGAUUGGGCGCAGACCCACACCCUAGAAAGCUUUAUGGAUUUAGUGGACGCACGAUGGCACAACCCUCAGCAGGCACAUAUUGCCACUGAUGGGUUGUUAAAGCUUGAUGCUAGGAAGUACAAGUCAGUGCGAGAGCUUACCACGACCGUAGAGCGUCUGACCGUUGUCCCGAGAGUGGAGUACAAUCCACAGGUCUUAUUGACCAUGUUCUUGAGAUGUCUUCCCACGGCAAUCAAGAACUUACUGGCCUGUGAGGCUCGGUUAGAGUAUCACACGUUUGAGACAUUUAGUAAGAAGGCCCUAGAUUUAGAGGCUACACUGGGUAGUGCUCAGACCCCUUCUAUGGACGAGAGAAAGAAGAAGACUCCACAGGAAUGGAAGAAGAAGGGUAGUCGAUUGAUGAUGGUUGAUUCCGAAGGGAAUCAAACUGAAAUCGAUGAUGUUUCUGAACUUGUGGAGGGUGCAAAGUUAAACGGCGAGGAGAGUGCUGAGGGUAGCAACCUCGCCGCAGUAGUUAAGACUAAGGCAACGGGCCGCAGCAAGGGCGGUCAGCAAAGGAGUCAAGGGCAGGCCGCUAACCCAAACAAAAUAGCAGCUUGGGUUAGAGCAGGCCUGGAUCAAGAAGUGUGGCAGGACCGUUGGUCGCGAGGUGCUUGCAUAAACUGUGGCGAGCACGGCCAUACGCAGUUUGAGUGCAAGAACCUGAAGGUCUCGCAGAAGAUCCCUCCUAAGGCCUUAGAGGACCUUCAACGUGAGUGGUCGACAAGGGACCCUCGUGAGUCCUGGGUGGCACUGGGUAGAGGUCCUAGAGGGGAGCAUUUCAUUGUGGAAGUUGGUGUGGGUGGUCGCAAGUGCGGCGCCUUCGUAGACAUUGGCUCCACGCGAAACUUCAUAAGUCGCGACUGCGUUGACAGACUGCGCCUAAAGGACUGGGUGCAGCGCCUUAGUAGACCGGUAGCAUCUACUUUGGCCAACAAAGAGCGCAUGUUGGUGGAGGACUACGUUAAAGAUGUAGUCUGCACUUUCUCCUACCCAGGAGGAGAGAGAAACCAUAACAUAUCAUUCCUGGUGAGCGACGAGUUGCCCUUUGACAUAUUGGGCAUGUACUACCUCGAGGUUGCCAAGCCUCAGUUUGACUGGGACAAGAAGGUGUUGAAGCACGAGUUGCCUAAUGGGAGGACCGUUACACUGGCUAAGUAUAAAGCCAAUAGGUUAAUAGACUCCUAUGGGUGCUUACGCGCAUCUGCCUUCUAUAACUAUUAUAAACAGAACCAAGAGGAAGGAAUGUACUUAGUAUAUGUCUCUGAGAAAGGGGAGGCCGUUAAAACUCCCCCAGAAAUAGAGACAAUCGUCGCUAAGUACCCUGAUCUGUUUGAGGAGCCCUCAGGAGUCGUAGACAGGGAGGUUGUCCAUGCCAUAGAGAUCAUCCUAGAGCAGAGUAUCUCCAUGGACUUCAUGGAUACUCUCGUGACCAGCAAGAAUGGCAAGAGGCACAUCUUCGUCAUAGAUGCUAGGUUCACUAAGUAUGCUAGACUAAUUGCCAUGCCGGAGAGUGCAAGGACUGAACAUGUCAUCAAGUUAUUCAUGGAUAACUAACUAACUGGGUGCGUGAUUUUGGACAGCCAAAGACAAUCGUUAGUGAUAAAGAUGUAUGAUUCAC